AUGGGCCUCACCCCGGAUACGAAAACAACACCUCGUUCCAAGCCUCUUGAGGAGAGCCCAGCCCCGGCCACACAGACAUGUGACGAUCCUAAGUUGAAGCAUGAGAUUGAUGUGGUGUCCAAGAAGCUGGAGACCGAACUCAAGCUGCACAAAGAGGAUGCCAAGCCCAAGAAAGGUGCUCCGAAAGAGGAUGCCCAGCCCAAGAAGGGUGCUCGGAAGACCCCGGCCAAGACUGACGCGCCCAAGGAGGAGCCCAAGCCUGGAUGCAUCGCCGCCGCCGUGAAGGCAGCCGUCAACACCUCGGUGACCAAGCCCAAGGGGAACAAGUUAGCAGGGAAACCCAAGGCGGCCCCGAAGGCUUCCUCAAAGGCCGAGGGUUCCAAGGCUGGUUUGGAGGCAGACGACCACGAGGAUUCCAAUGCUGGUUCGGCAGACGAGCACGAGGAUUCCGAUGCUGGUUCCGCAGACAACCACGAGGGUUCCGAUGCUGGUUCGGCAGACAACCACGAGGAUUCCGAUGCUGGUUCGGCAGACGAGGGGGGCCGCAAGAAAUCCGCAGCACCCGGGAAGAAGCAAAGCCCGAAAACGGCAGCACCCAAGAAGAAGGCGACCCCAAAGGCAACCUCGAAGAAGAACGAUAGCAAGAAGCAGGGCAAGAAUAAGAUCGACGGGGAGGCGAGUGGCUCCAGUGGCAAGAGGCCAGCUGAGCCGAAGCCCAAGAAGAAGACGGCACUCACCGAAGGAUGGAAGAAGUUCUCGCAGGACUACUUUCGCGAUCGCAAGAACGAAGGCAAGAAGCUCAGCCAGCUCAUGAAAGAAGCCAGCGAGAUGUGCGAAGAUGGGGCUAAGAUUUUAAGCGCCACAGCCCAUGCCCUGGGAGCAUCCAUCGAAGAGUGGCCCCAUUCCAACAAAGGUCUUCCUGCUUGCCUGUUCAUCGGCUUCUUCGAUUAUCCAAGUUCGGACGGGGGGAAUCCCGUCGGCAAGUACGUUGGCUGCCCCAUGAAGGAGCCCACGAACCUCGUUUGCCAAUGGACGUCGGACGCGGAUCCUGUCGUUUUCGAGACGACAGAGGGCCGCCGAUUGAAGGAUGCUGACAUUUCGAUUAUGAGGCUCUUGAUCGAAGAGAUGGAGACCAAUGGAGUCGUGGAUUUGACACUCAACAGCCAUGACAUGGAAAGGUGCGAUGAAGGCGACGAUGAAAAGGUCUUUGUCAUCGGGCCCUCGAGUGAGGUACCCCCACUCGUCUUCAAAUUCACGAAGAACAAUGGCCAGAACGUCAAGUUCACGAAUGCAGCCAGCUUCUUUGACAAUCGCACGCUCACCCAGAGCGAGAGUUUGCGGAUGGUUUGGCGAGUUUCCUUUAAUGCUGAUGAACAGGAGAUCUCGCCGAAGAAGCCACUCUACUUCAUGAAGAAUGUUGUGGAGAUGCAAAAGCAGCAAGUGCUGCGCUUGCUGUGA